AUGCACCUGUCUCUCGAUCACCACCACCUCUCGUCCGACGACCCCUACGCCGCCGCUUCCCUCAGCCAUGUCACCGACUCGCUCUCCACCGCCAUGGGCCUAACCAUGCCAAGUGGGAGGAACACAACAAUGAGCAUGGACAUGGACAUGGACAUGUACAGGACAGCCAGUAGCAACUCCGGAAGCAGCAGUAACAUGGGCUACAACCAACACCACAGCAGUCGCGACCCUUCAACAACACCACCAACUUCCCAAUCCUCCUCCACCUCUCCAACAUCCAGCUCCUCCCAUCACAGACAACAACAACAACAACAACAAGGCCACCAGGGACAUCUCUACCCAGGCCUAACCCUCCCUUCCCCACCCGACGCUUCAUCCAACAAACCCAAGCGCGGUCGGCCCCCAGGUCCCGGCAAGAAGCGCGCCCAUUCUCCUGCCGCUGUUGAGGCUGAGUUCACAGACUCCGAAGAUGUCCUAGUCAAGCGCCAGCGCAACAACAUUGCCGCCAAGAAAUACCGCCAGAAGAAAAUUGACAGGAUUCAAGAACUCGAGGAGGAGGUGGAUCAGAUUAAGAGGGAGAGGGAGGAGUUGAAACUGAUGUUGGCGAAAAGGGAUGCGGAGGUGGGUAUGUUGAGGGAAAUGUUGGCUAUGGCUAGGCAGGGGAGGUAG